AUGGAGGUGGCCCUCAGACAGCCAGCACGGCUGCUCCAAACCCCCUCUAACCGUCUCGUCCGUCAACCGCAGAGCCUCCGCCUUUACACCACCCUCAACCGCACCCCACGACCACGCCAUGUUUCCACAACCCCACGGAGAACCGCACCCGAAUCGUCCCUCUUCAGCCUAGGAUCCGGCUCCGGCGGCCACGGUGGGAUUCCUACCACCUACUUCGCGAACCGCACCUCUCUCCCCGCGAACACGGUCAUCCGCUUCGUGCCCCAGCAAACAGCAUGGAUUGUCGAGCGCAUGGGGAAGUUCCACCGGAUUCUGGAGCCUGGGUUGGCGGUGUUAAUUCCAUUCUUGGAUCGGAUUGCGUAUGUGAAGAGUCUGAAGGAGUCGGCAAUUGAGAUUCCGAGUCAGAAUGCUAUUACCGCGGAUAAUGUGACGUUGGAAUUGGAUGGGGUGUUAUAUACCAGGGUUUUUGAUGCUUUCAAGGCUAGUUAUGGCGUUGAAGAUGCGGAAUACGCUAUCACCCAGCUUGCACAGACGACGAUGCGUUCCGAGAUCGGUCAGCUUACUCUCGACCACGUCCUGAAAGAGCGGACAACUUUGAACGCCAAUAUCACUCAAGCGAUUAACGAAGCAGCCAGGGAGUGGGGCGUUGUUUGCCUGCGUUAUGAAAUUCGCGAUAUCCACGCCCCCGAAGGGGUGGUCUCCGCCAUGCACCGCCAAGUCACAGCUGAGCGUUCGAAGCGUGCAGAGAUCCUCGACUCGGAAGGUCAACGGCAGAGCGCCAUCAACAUUGCCGAAGGUCGCAAGCAAUCCGUCAUCCUCGAAUCCGAGGCGAAGCGUGCAGAGAAUAUCAACCAUGCUGCUGGUGAGGCAGAAGCCAUCUUGCUGAGGGCACAGGCUACCGCUCGCGGAAUCGAGGCCGUUGCCAAGUCGAUCGAGGAAGGCAAGGAGAAUGCUCACGGAGCGGUCAGUCUUAGCGUUGCAGAGAAGUACGUUGACGCGUUCUCGAAGCUGGCUCGUGAGGGUACAGCGGUCGUUGUGCCGGGGAAUGUCGGUGACCUUGGUGGUAUGAUUGCCAACGCCAUGGCGGUGUAUGGUAAGGUCAACGAGGGUCAGGCGAAAUCGAUUGCUGCAAAGGCCAUCGGCGUGCAGGAGCAGACGUCGAACGAAGCUCCUCGCGAGAACUCGGAGGACACCUCGAAUCAGCAAGAUGAUUCCUUGAAACAAUGA